CGCCCACGCGCGAGCGUGAGCGCGGCGUUGUGUUUGUGUGUCGUCUUCUGCCGGGCUCUCAUGGAUGCGACCGAACACGGCGACGCCGGCACACCGGGCGACGCCGCACGGGAGGACUGGCCGCCGCUGCUUAAUCCCGUGAUCAACAUUGAUUCCGGCGCCCAGCGACCUACGCAGUUACCCAUAUCAAGGCCAGGUUUCGCCCAUCGAUGCGCCGCAUGGCUGGUGCCAGCACGCUUGCGCCAGACGCUGGGCCUCAGCGGCGACGACACGAAUGUCCCGGACGCUGACGACGCGUAUGACGGCGCCGAGCCGACGUUCUCAGACGACGCCAAGCUGCGUCGCGACGUCGAGUCUCUGGAUGAGCUGGCCCUGAAGCUCGAGGACCUCGCGGCCACCCUGCGCGAUGCCCUGCAGCGGGCUAGCGCCCAGAGUCCGUCGCUCGCGGACCGGAGAGCCCAGGGCGCGCACUACAUCGUCCGGUUUCAGUUGCCCAUCGUCGCCGUCGUGCAGUUUCUGUGGGUUGGCAUGCUGGCCACGUUCGACUACGCGGUGACGGACAAGACAUCCCCCGGCUACCGGUACCUGGUGCACGCCAUCAUGGUCGCCCUUCAGGUCGUCAACAUUCUGCACGUCGGUCUUGCCUCAUGGACGCUCACGCAUCAGCUGAUCAAGUUACGUGCAGUGAGCGGAUUUCUCAUGGCGCAGACCUACCUGUCCACAGUGUUACUUUUCUCGGGCUUCUACCUGGUCAUCUACAGGCUGAACCCCUCCGGCUGGGAGCUGUCUCGCACCGACCCGAUGAUCGGCGGCGGAGCCUUCACUCAGUACGUGCGCAUGCUCUACCUGUCCGUCUCGUCAGCCACACUGUGCGGGGUUGCCAACAUUCAGCCCGUGGCUUGGUACGCGACACUGUCUGUCUGCUUCCAAAGUCUGGUGAACUUCGUCUACUUCGCCUCCAUCCUGGCUCAGACGAUCGGCUGCAGUGGCUCUACUGAAACGGUGUUCCAGCGCCGCGAGCGCAUACAGACCAUCUCGCGGCGACUGAGCGCUCGCUCGUCGGCCUUCACCGCAGGACUGCCCGACGCUGCGCAAACGCCCAUUCGCAGGCGCCACUCGACGCAGCUGCCCGUGGUGGGCUUCGCCUCACCGUAGCCGGCGCGGCGCGUGCUCUGCGAGAAAACGCACUUUCCCGCGGCAAGAGCAGCGCCGCGAGAG